UCGCGCCCACCCGCCUCUUUUGUGAUAGUGGAAAAGGAAGGAGAAAAUAUGUUUUGAGGAUAUUAUCCGACGGAUCUGAGGGUAGUUUUUUUUUGUAAGUGUAACUUUGCAUUAGCUCAUCCCGCUGCAUCAAUUUAUAAUCAGACGGCUGCGUAUUUCUUUGCUUCUGCAAAUGUGGGGCUGUUGAUCGGUCAUCGCGGGGGAACCCUGUCGCGGAUUGCCUCUCGCAAACUUGGACUUCGCCCGGGCUGCUGUUGCGUUCUCUCCGGCGGCGAUCUUCGUAGGAGGCGGCUGUACAUUUUUUUGCACAGGCGUCCCCCCCCACCGCCACACACUGACAGAGCAACCCCGUCUCGCAGGAGGAGAAGAAAACGCAGAGUGGAAGGAGGAAAGAGUGGGUGAAUGCGCCGUUAGGACGCUGCAGCCGGUGUAAGGAGGCGACUUUGUCACAGACUAUGAACAAAAUGUCACUGUGCAGGUAUGAUGGAACCUCAGAAUUCUCGCUCCGCUUGAGUUUGGCGUAAGCUUUCCAUCGGGACAAUGGCUAUUGAUGCAUGUAUGGAAUUACGCACGAACUGAUCUCACAUUUUUUCCAUCAUGUUCAAUAAUUUCCCGAGUGACGAUGACGGAUCUUUUAAUCUCAGGUGUAUCAUGUAGUGUUUGAACGGAACAGACAACCUGCUCCUAGAAUUUUUUUUAUAUUUAUUUGACAUUUGACAUCACGGAACGGAUCCCUCAGCCGCCACCAUGGGACUGUGACCCGGGCUGCGAGCAGUGAGAGGCGGCUGUUUGUGUAGUCUGUGCCCCGUGGGCAGACUGGACCUGACCAGUUGUGACAUUUUGAGCCAUGGCUGCUGCUAUCGCGAGUGGGCUGAUCAGACAGAAGAGGCAGGCGCGGGAGCAGCAGUUGGAACGGCCCGCGACCAACCGACGGAGGAAGAGCCCCAACAAGAACAAGGGGCUCUGCAAUGGGAACCUGGUCGACAUCUUCUCUAAAGUGCGCAUCUUCGGCCUCAGGAAGCGGCGGCUACGGAGACAAGAUCCCCAGCUCAAGGGUAUAGUGACCAGGUUAUAUUGCAGGCAGGGAUACUACUUGCAAAUGAAUCCCGAUGGCUCUCUUGAUGGGACCAAGGAUGACAGCAGUAAUUCCUCUUUGUUCAACCUUAUUCCUGUGGGCCUCAGAGUUGUCGCCAUUCAGUCCGUGAAGACAGGGUUAUACAUCGCCAUGAACGGGGAAGGCCACCUGUACACAUCAGAGCUCUUUACAGCGGAGUGCAAGUUCAAAGAGUCGGUGUUCGAGAACUACUAUGUGAUCUACUCGUCCAUGUUGUACAGACAACAGGAGUCGGGGAGAGCUUGGUUCCUAGGGCUCAACAAAGACGGCCAGGCCAUGAAGGGGAACCGAGUGAAAAAAACAAAACCAGCUGCUCACUUCCUGCCCAAGCCAUUAGAAGUUGCCAUGUACAGAGAGCCAUCGUUGCAUGAUGUUGGAGAGACGGUGCCCAAGGCGGCAGUACCUCCCAGUAAAAGCACAACUGAGCCAGCGGUGAUGAACGGAGGUAAACCUGUGAGCAAGCCCGACAAGCCCGCGACAUAGCCACACCCGACCGGAGCCCUUUGCGUGUGCGUGGCGGGGAGGGGGGGUGUGACGGAGACAGGGCUUUUCCCCCACAAGACUCCAGACCCUCUUUCCUCUGCGGAUCAGAAGGAGGCGAACCUUCCUCCCUUUCUUCUCUUGCUCUUCCUCUGCUUUCUCCGCCUUGUCCACCUUUCUCUCCGGCUGUCUCAGCGCGGGCUGACGGAUCCAGAGGUGGCCUGGUUUCUCCAGCACAGGAGGGAAGAGGACCUCUGAUCAUGGAAUGCCUUUCGAUUCCUCUGUAACUGUGAGAGCUCAUGUGAAUAAUGCGUGUUUCACGACCACGCUUGUGGUACUUUGCUUGCUGACAGUUCAUCCAAGAAACCCUCCCGCCCCCUCUCUAUAAUGCCCUGUUGGAGCGGAGUGCGUGCACCUUCAGAUCUAUUUUCUAUACCACAGUUCACCAGCUAUGUUCUGGGACAGAGACUGUAUAGAUAGAUUAAAUAUGUGGACUGUCGUCCUCUAUUUUUUACGAGUAUGUUCCCCUCCCUCUCUUUCUAUCUCCAGUCACUCACUUUUGUCUUUGUCUAGUAACCUAGAAAAGUUAAAAACAUUUUGCAAGGGAGUUGUGUGAUUUUCUAAGAAACACAUUCACAGAGAUAUGACAUGAAAACACAUAUAUACACAAAAAAAACUAUCGAAAUGUUCCUCUCGCCUACAACAUGCACACACACACACAUACAUGCACACACUCAGAAGUUGUAGGGAAAUUCAGAUAUUACUUUUCUUUACAGCUGAUGAAAACACACUGGAGGCUGGCAGAUAGCUCCUGCAAUCAGUUGAAAAAGUGCUAAUUGCAGCUGCAAUCAAUACGAGGAGCGCCCUACACACAUACAUGCGCAUACACACGUUUAUAAGCAGAUGUGCGUGUGGGUGGGAGAGCGCUGGAAGGAAUGGUGUAUACAUAUCACUAUCUAAGUCCCACCAGCGCUUCUGUCCGCCUUCUCUGGUAAAUAGAAAAACCUGAAGUCUAUUUUUCUUUAAUCUUAUUUCAGAGCGUGGGCUCUAGGAAUAUCUCUAGGCCUUGUAGGCCUCUGUCCCUCACUCGCUGACUUCUUUGGACUGUAAGGCAAGGCUUGUGGCUUUGACCCAGAUGGUCUAUAACUGCAGCACUGGCAGCCAUCUUAGGGCAGCGUCUACUUACAGCCAGAAGACAACAUGGCUGGAAACCGGUAGGCGACAUUUAUAUUGGCUGCAUCCCUAUUUGGUUCAGCAAACUAAAGCAUGGGCAAGGUUAAUAUUGUGUUCUCUCUUCGUGCAGCAAUUAUACAAGAGAUGGCUUAUAUAGUAAAAUGUUCACUGUAUAAAAACUUAGGGCAAAUGACUAUUAAAAAAUCAUAAAUUAAAAAAAAUAUAAUUAUGAUUAUGAGAGGAUUUGUCUCCUAGCUCAGCAUGCAGAGUCCAGUACUGAUCAUCUUGGCCUGUCACGUGCCUGUUUGGACCUUGAUUCCCGGCAUGCAAAAACUUGUUCCCAGUCCCCACUGGGCCAAAGGUGCCUCACCCACCCGAUACAUCCAUUUAGAGGACACGUAGCAUUAUCCAUUGAGAAACCACACUCAGAUGUAUCCAUUCUGAAAUGACCAAAGUCCUUUUUCAUCCCGAGAAGAACUGAACUGUUUAGAAACGUAAAAAAACAAUACAAUUCUAUCUCUCUCUCUCUCUCUCUCUCCCUCUCUCUCUCUCUCUCUCUCUCUCUCUGUCUCUCUGUCUUUCUAAUCCAAUUCAUCCAAGCUUUCACUGUGAUAGCAUUUUGUUCUGUCCGGCCGAAUCAACUCUACUCAGACCUGCAAAGGUCGUGACUGAUGUAAUUUGGGAGAAGUACUUAAACCUUGAACUACUUGAGUGCAUGUAUUUUCUGUAAGGAACAAGGUAUGGGUAUCGUUCUUCACUGUGUUUAAGCUGAAGAGCACUGACGAGUGGAAUGGGCAUGUUGUUGGCUACGGCACACCCACACCUAACCUGGAGGUAAACCACUGGACAUUCUGUUUCCCAUUGUCAUCAUGACUGUUAGCAGUUUACAAAGCUCUAUCCGAUCAAUGACAUAAUAAUGUUUUAAAGUCUAGUUUUGUUGGAUAAGAUUUAGAAUAUUGAAUAGAUUGUCGCUGCUGUACGCUGCUAAAACUGCAACUGUGCUAAGAGAUUGAUUUGGUAAAUAUGAUUUUCGGAGUUUAUUGGCUUCACACAUGGCCAUCUCUCAUGACAGCGCAUCGAAGCACAUUAGUUAAACUCUGAUAUUUGUCUGUAAAAAGCUGUUGAUGAUGUUAAACGUACUGUUGACGCAAACGCGCAGGAGCUGGAUGUUCCGACCUUGUUACAGCCACUUACGAACUCUACAUGCUGGGCUGGCUGCUGCUGCUGCGGCCCUGCAGUCCAGUGAAAUGGCUCCUCCGAGGCUGACUUUAUUUUUGUAAAUGACCAGUGUGUAAAUGUACUUCUCUGUCUGGAUCUCUGUAUUCCACAGUUUUUGUUUUUCUUAUUUGACCGUACGUCUCCAUUUUCCUCUCGUAUACGGGUCGUGUGUGAUGUCGUCUCCUAACCAUGAUCACUUUUGCUUUGCCCCCCCCCCCCCCCCUUUAGCAAACUUAGUUCCUCUAUCGCUUCCGUUUUCAACCUCCUUAUCUCGUUAGUUGUCCCAUCUGUUGCAUGGGGAGAGGAUGGCAUUGAUGAACUGCAUGUAGUAGGCUAUGUCUAUCAAGAACUGUUGGUAUGUACCGCUAAUUUUACAUACAUAUAUGCAACGAGUUUGUCUACACUAUACAGUUUGUGUUUUGUUGUAUACACAUAUACAACAAAUUGAGUAAAAUAUUUAUAUAGAGGUGUACUGUAAUGUCAGUAACAUACUUAAUGCAAUAUAGUGUGCAGUAUAUUAUUGCACCUGUCAUUUCUUUGAUGGGACAAAGACAAUGGAGAGGGGGGGGCUGGCUAGUUUAAGCAUGAAAAAGGCCAAAGUAGAAUUUACAUUAAUUUUUAUUUGUGACUUCUUAUCGGUUCUCUUUUCAAGUGGUAACUGAGCUCGUGUGUCAACGCAGCUCUCAACCCCUGAUGCCUCCUUUUCGAAGUGACAUGCACAUCCAGCAUGCCACAACUAAGACUACGUAUGCCCUUCUCUUCCGUUUCCUCCACUUAUCACUGAGUAUGAGUCGGGUGAGAAAUGUUGAUUAAGUCCCUUCAGUACAGUGUGGGUUUCAUGGUCAGGUCCUCUGGUUUGAUUUUUUCCCGGUGGAGAAGAAUAGGCACUAUUAAAAAUAAUUUUAUUUUCAAAAAUAUAUAUAUAUAUAUAUACCAUUGCAAGUAUGCCCAUUGGAGUUAUGUCAUGUUAUAAAAAAUUUGUAACCAUGUAUGAUUAAGGUCUUCGCAUUGUUUUCCAUGCAAAAUGUUGUGUCAUGCAGCACAUUUAAUGUUUUAUUAUUAAAAAAAAAGAAAUAAAAACAUAAAACAGUAACCUCUGCCUGGAGCUUUCGAGUCAACAUCUCAGUCCGGUUUGACGCCUCAUUGUAUAGCAGUUAAAACCAGACCCACAUUAUCCCACACUUGGUUUUUUCAUC